AUGAUGGAUAAUGCCCUAACCCUAGGACCAAAAUUGAGUUCCAAAAUUGUUGGAAGAGCACAAGGGUUGUAUGGUUCAGCUUCACAAAGUGAAUUAAGUAUAUUAAUGGUCAUGAAUUUUGUGUUUAUUGAAGGGAAAUAUAAUGGUAGCACGUUAGCCGUGCUCGGCCGGAACUCGGCGUUCGAGACGGUGAGAGAGAUGCCGGUGAUUGGUGGCAGUGGGCUUUUCCGAUUUGCUAGAGGAUAUGUUCAGGCAAGGACUAAGUCAGUGGAUUUGAAAACUAAGGAUGCUACAGUUCAGUAUGAUGCUUAUGUAUUACACUAUUAA